CCACUCUCGGCUCCGAGAACAGAGAAAAUCCAGCCGAGAGAACUCCUGCGUCUGCUCCACGCCGGACGCACUUUCCUUGCGGACGGACGUGGCGACCGUUUCCUUCCGAAAACAAGAGCCGGCGGCCGCCGCCCAAGCUCGAACUCGACUGCCAUGGCCUCCCAACUAGGGCCGCCGACGGCGAGAUAUGCCCCACCAGCUCCCAGCACCAUCACUUCUAUAGGCGACGACCUUCUCCGCGAGAUCUUCCUCCAUCUCCCCUCCCUCCCGAGCCUCAUCCGCGCCGCCCUCGCCUGCCGCACCUUCCUCCACGCUGUCCGUUCGUCCCCCGUCUUCCGCCGCGGAUUCCGGUCGCUCCACCCAUCCCCAUUCCUCGGUCUCUUUAUCGAGUCCUACAGCUGUUCCCUCCCUUCUUUCGUCCCCCUCCGCCGCCGGUCCGACCCAGACCUCGCCGCCGCAAUACGCGGCGGCGAUCUCUUCCUCACCCGACUCCCGGAAGACAACGACGACCCCUCUCCCGGGUGGGAGAUCCAGGGCUGCCAAGACGGCUACGUCGUCCUGCUCAACCGGAGCACCGAGCAGAUUGCCGCCUACAACCCACUCACACUGGCUCUGGAUUUCCUCCCUCCACUGCCCCAUGAGAUGUCCCGCUCCUGCUCCCUCGAGAUCCACCUCGUCUUCUUCCAAGAGGACCAGGGGUCGUUCCGUGCGGUCUGUGUCCGCCACGGCAGGUCCCUGCGGCGGGCGCGGGCGCGCAUCGCCGUCUUCUCAUCGGACGACAGGGGCAAGGGGUGGCUGGUUAUGCCGCCGGUGGAUACCGCGACGCCACAGCCUGGGGAUGGUGGAGUUGACAGGCCCAUGUUUCACACUGGUACCCUGGUGAAUGGAUUCAUCUACUGGAAGCACAAGACCCAAGCCUGCAUGCUUGUGCUCAACACUGCGACAUUGCAGUUCUCUCAAAUGGAUUUGCCGCAGCCCCUAAAAGGGAAGCACUCCACAAACUUCAGGCUUGGUCAGACCAAGGACGGCGAGCUCUGUAUCGUUUGCGCGGACGAUUCCCGUGCAAAGGAGUGGACGCUUGCUGUUUGGUUCUGGAGAGCCAACGAUGAUGGUGUCAAGAGAUGGAUGGAGAAGAGGUUUCCGUUGCACAAGUUUGUUGAGUUCACCGAGUGUUCAUUAGAAGAUCAUAUCGUGGUCAACAGUGUGGCAGUUGUCGACGGCUUUGUGUACCUGUCUAGUUACUGUCACGCGAGUACUGAAUCUCCCGAGUGGUUUCUAUCCUUCUGCCUUGAAACAGCGGAGUUUAUCAAACUCUUCCGGGGUACAUUUGACAGCCCUCUCCAUCCCUACAUCAUGGCCUGGCCACCUUCUUUGGUAUGCAACAAGGAGGAUUCAGAGACCAAAGUAACUGGGGCCAAUGUUGUAGAAGAUGGUUUGUAAGCACAGAGAAAUUUCCCUCUGUUCUCGUCAGUGUUGCAGUCAUGCAAAGAAGCUUUGAUUAGUGAUGAUGGGGCAAAAGUCGCGGAGAUAGAGGCCUUUUUACUUUCGAGGGUGAGAAGAAGUCUGAGCAAAAUGGCUGCUCUACAUACAGAAUUGACAACUGCGAGGACUCGCAUCUUGAGGAUAGGUGUUCUUCGAUAGCUACAGGGAAUAGACAGAAACAGAGAGCUGAUGAUCAAUGUACAAGGAGAGGCAGUGGAGAACCCGUGACCACUUAUUUGCCAGUUGAACUUGCCUCUUUGGAAUGGUCACCGCGUAUUUCUUCUGUUGAGAUGAGCGGCGUAUUUCUUCUGUUGAGAUGAGCUUUUAUUCAGCGUGGCUAGCUCCCAAGAGACCGAGUGAGCUUUUAUCUUGAUCUUCAUUGAGGUUUCUGUAUUGCUGUCUAUGAUUGAGUUUGGUGUUGCACUCAAUCCAUCUUACAGCACUUUAUGUCCAUCCUAAUAUUUUAGUUUAAACAGUUCUUCUCAA